UAAAGUUUCAUUCAACAGCAACCCAUUUUCUGGGCAGAAGAAAAAACUCCCACUAUCCAAUAUAAAAUAAACUGGUUCCCUGACCCCACUUUUUCUUCUCUUUCAUUAUCAUUAUACAUUAUAGAAUCAUGUCUGUUGUUGCCACACCUACUUCUGCUCCUGCUCAUGAAUCCAAAUACAAGUCAUUGCUCAAGCCCGUAAAAUUCUGGCAACGCAAUAGCAAGACGGCUGAAAAUCCCACUGACAGCAAUAUUGAUGAAGGGGCUAUCACCCAUGAUUAUACCAAAGAAAAGCCAGCCAUCGUUGUAACCUCGUCACCCACCUCCAAUAAGCGACUCUCGAAGCAUAUGCCGACCAUCGCUUUACGGGAAAGCGGAAAAGACGAAGUGUUCAAAUUGUCCACUGUCAAUGACUCGGGCGUAUAUCUGCCACCCUCUCCCUGUGAAGAUAGCAAGCGUGAUCAUUGGUUGGAAACGGAAGAAUCGGAAACGUUCGUCAUUCCCAGCCCGGAUUGCCUGACUACUCAUUACAACCACGGACAACACGAAUUUUUCACACCCUCGGUCGUUCGACUCACCAAGACCGAGACCGGUUCUGCCGCUUCUCUUGAGGAAGAUGAUAUUCCCUCCUUGCUGACCGACUCUUCCAUUCGUUCCAGUGGAAGUUUCGACGAACAACGCUAAUCCUUUGUGUAUAAACCUCUUCUCAUGUGUAAUUUCUACUUUUUUUCGUCCUCCCCUACUAAUUAAUUUUUCCCACCUCAUCCUCACCCUAUGGUGGUUGUCUCUUUCCCAUCUCUCAUUCGUUUGCAUCCACCUUUUUUUUGUGUAUAGUAAUAUAUGAUAUAUAUCCUACCUUUUACUUUUGAUUAAAAAUGUCUAAUUGUAUUAAGAAAA